AUGGCAACAGACAGCGAUGCCCUUCUUACGGUGCCUAUGCCGCGCAUCGCAUCAGCCCAAUGCUAUGUGCUGGAGUACUCCCUAGGCAGCUACAAAUUGUCGUACGGAACAAUCAACAGCAUAAACAACGUCGUGCUCAAGCUUACGGAUGUCGAAGGCACCGUAGGAUGGGGAGAAGCAAAUGCCCAACAGCCCUUCACGGACGAGUCUGUUGAGGAGGUAGCCACGAUUCUGCGGGAUGAGCUGCUGCCUCUUUUGCUGGAGCAGCAAUCUCUGGACCCGGUCAAGAUAGACGAGUUGUUGGAUCAGCACCGAAAAAAUCACCUGAUCGCAAAAGGAGCAAUCACCAUGGCACUGCUUGACAUGCAGGGCAAACGACAUGGUAUCCCAGCCGCAAAACUGCUUGGUAACAUUGUCCACCACUCUUUGCCUGUGCUCUGGCCACUAAGCCAACAGACGCCAGAAGAAGACAUCGUCAUCAUUGACCAGAAGCGUGUCGAAGGAUUCAAAACCUUCAUGCUGAAGAUGGGCCAACGUGAUGCGACAGGCGGUGCCAACAUUGAGCUGGAGGUCGCCCGAGUCUCGGCCCUGAAAGCACACUAUGGCGAUGCUAUCUCAUUCAUUGCAGACGCAAACACGGGCUGGACAACUGCCGAGACCGAACAGUUCAUCCAGGGUAUCAAGAGCUCAGACAUCGCCUUCCUCGAGCAGCCGACCGCCAAAUCGGAUGUUGAAUCUCUGGCACACCUGAAGUCAGAGUUCCCGAACACUUUCCUCUCCGCCGACGAGAGCUUGACAAGCUUCUCGCAAGCGCAAGCACUCAUAUCCGCGCAAGCAUGCAGCAUAUUCAGCAUCAAAAGCUCCAAGAACGGUGGUCCACUACGCGCUCGAGCGAUCUGCGACCUGGCUGACCGUAAUGGUGUGAAGCUCUACAUGAAUUCAAUGCUCGAGCUAGGCAUUACUCAAGCAGCUAGUCUACAGCUUGCCGUCACGAGGUCAAACCUGGCGGAUGCUGGACAUGCAUAUAUGUCUACGCUGCGGCUCAGUGGAGAUCCGACGAACUUUUCAUCGUUUGUAAGCGAAGGUGUCGUGCGGUUGCCCGAGGCGUCAGGGCUGGGUAUUGAGGUUGACGAGGCGAAGUUGAGGAAGCUGGUCGUGGAGGAGUUCACCGUGACCAGAUAG